GCUGCUGUGGAUGGGCACUCAUGUUUUCUGUUGUUGGAGUGUGUGAAGAGGCUGCUGAUGCUAGCAGUGUGUUCAGCAGCAGAGUGCAUCAGGCAAAUCCUCCUCCUUCCCUUAAGGGAUCAAACAAGUGAUCGGAUGUCUGGUUGUCUCACUCGCUGUGCCCUGACACUAUCAUCUGUUCAACCUCUUUCCUCCAACCCCCUUCAUCCAGCUCCUCUUCCCUCCUCCUCAACCUGUGGUCUAUUUAUACCUUGGAGACUCAAAAGAGCCCUUUAAAACUGCGCAGACCUCAUCAGUAAGUGACAACAGUGAGCAUGAAUCCGAUAACAUAUGAUCUAUCUCAUCUCCAGCCUCCUCACCUCCUCUAAGGAAAAGUAAGGCUUCAACCAUUGUUGAUUCUUGAAAUGGAACCAGAUUAUAACUGAUUCACAUUCAUAUUGAAGAUUCACAUGACAUAUUGCCCCUGAUGAUCCAUUGUGGCAAGACCAGUUCUGAGCUGCAGCAGGUUUUUGAAGAUCUGGAGGCAGCAUAUGCUUUGGUCCAUGGACUGGCGGUUCUUGGAAAGACUGGUGGUUGAAAUACAGGAAAACACUCAUUUUAGAACAUUUAUUUAUUGACUGAGUUUUCUGAACAGAUAUGAAAUUUGGAUAAGGACACUGAAAAUUCUAAAAAAUGGCUCAUAUAUCUGAAGUCCGCCACUCCCAGCCACAAGCUAAGCCCACUUCACCCUGGGUGUCCCUUGCAGGAUGACUGCUGUCUGCCCCUCCGAGAGCAGCCCAGAUGGGGCUGAAGCAGGGGCCCGGACAGCAGGCUCGAGGGGGUCGGGGGCAGCAGGCACCGCUGGGAGCGACUCAGUUUCUGGUGCUGACACCGGGGAGUCUAAUGGAGAAUCUGUCGGAGGUUCUGUGGGAGGCACAGCUGGAGUUACCGGUGGCCAGAGGUACAGUCGCUGGAGCCGCCAGGACAGCUCAGACAUCAACACAGAUGAUGAGGGAGCCACCAUCCGCCGCCUCACUCCAUUGGAAAGACUGAACCUGGAUAUGUGCCAGGAUGAUCGGGUGGUCCGUGAGCUAACAGUGGGCAGGAGAAUCGGCUUUUACAAAAUUCGAGGAGAGAUCGGCUGUGGAAAUUUCUCCCAUGUCAAGCUAGGAAUUCAUGCGCUCACCAAAGACAAAGUAGCCAUAAAGAUCCUAGACAAAACCAAGCUGGAUCAGAAGACCCAGAGGCUGCUGUCCAGAGAAAUUUCUAGCAUGGAGAAACUUCACCAUCCCAACAUCAUACGCCUCUAUGAGGUGGUGGAGACGUUGUCACGGUUACACCUGGUGAUGGAGUACGCAGGCGGAGGGGAGCUCUACACCAAGAUAACUACAGAAGGGAAACUUUCUGACACUGAUGGCAAGAUUGUCUUCGCUCAGAUCCUCUCUGCUGUUAAGCACAUGCAUGAAAACAAUAUCAUUCACCGUGACCUGAAGGCAGAAAAUGUCUUCUACACCAGCAGCUCUUGUGUCAAGGUGGGUGACUUUGGCUUCAGCACGUUGAGUCGCCGCGAUGAGACACUCAACACAUUCUGUGGCUCCCCACCUUACGCUGCUCCUGAGCUCUUUCGGGAUGAGCAUUACAUUGGCAUCUUUGUGGACAUCUGGGCCCUGGGGGUGAUGCUGUUCUUUAUGGUGACAGGCACCAUGCCAUUCAGGGCAGACACUGUAGCCAAACUGAAGCGAUGCAUCCUGGAGGGGGCCUACAUUCUGCCCUCCUGGGUGCCAGAGGUGUGCCAGAGGCUGAUCAGGGGCAUCCUCCAGCCUAUACCAUCUGAUCGCUGCACAGUGGAGCAGAUGAUGGGCUGCGAGUGGCUGCUCCCUGUGGAAUUCCCACGGGCCAUGGAGCCCUUUAAACUGGACCCAUCCCACCUAGCAGAGAGUGAUCCAUCUGAGCUGGACACAGAAGAGAUGGAGGUAAAAGCAGCACUGGAGACACUAGGAAUUACCUCUGAACACAUCCUUAACAACCAGGGGAAGGAUUGCAGGAGCUCAAUCACAGGGGUCUAUAGGAUCCUGCUGCACCGUGCCCACAAGAGACGGGCUGUAGAGAGCAUGCCUGUGGUCACACAGGUAGUCAGACCAACUACGAGUAAAAAGGAACGUCUAAAGGUGUACCGUAGUUUACGGCACACAUCCAAACUCUGUGUGAUUCUGUGACAAAAUGCUCUGCUUUGCUCUGGAAAUAAUAGACUUUAUAGUCUGGGAUGAGAUUGCAUGGAUUUCAUUAGAAAUAAAAAAGUGCUUUCCAGUCCAGCAGUAUGAAUUGAAAUCAUGGUAUGUAACCCCACUUGGUUCCUGAAAUCUGGGAUUUCUUAUUUUAAUAUCUUUCUUCUAGUAAGUAAAAUUAGUCUCUGUGAGAAUGGUGCUGCGAGUGAAUCAUAAUCGUCUCCUCUUUUGACAGGGACUCGUAAUCCCCAUGAGAUUUGGAAAUGUUAUGAAACAUAAUUUAUUUAAGUAAACAUAAUGAUGAUUAGUUGGCAUAUAUAAUUUUUUAUUUGGUUUAUGUAGGUCAGGUGACUAUAGCUCAUACUGACUGUGCUUGGUUGCGCUGUAACACAAAUAAACAUUAUGAAAAGUAGCAUUUGUAAAGAAAAGAGUUAGAAAUCUGACAUUAUGAUGAGGAGAUAAAAUGGUAAAACAUGCAGUUAGUGCAUGAAAUGUGGUGUCUUUAAUGUAAUGCACUUUUCUUUGAUGCCUUAGUUUUCUAUCAUGUUAUGAAACCACACCGACUGUUUUCAGGAUACUGCUUAAUAUUUGUAAUGACAUGAAUAGAGACUUAACAUCUUACCUUUUGGGGCGGCUGUGGGGCUCAGGAGGUAGAGUGGGUCGUCCACUAAUCAGAAGGU